UUACAAACAAAACACCACAUUUUCUUACCUUACAAAAAUUAAUUGUACUAUAUUUUAAGACAAUUAAAUAAUCUACUAACAAAAAAACUGUUAGAAUUAUAAGUGUAUGUAUAUCCCUUAAGGUCCUUGUGUAAUAUGAUAUUGUACCCCCUAGCCCAAUUGUCCUUUGUAUCUUAUUUAUGUAUACUUGUGUUCCCCCAUUUACUUUCUGUAUUGAUUUGUUGUUGAAAAAAAAGAAAAGAAAUUAGAUCUGUUCUGAUUGUGUGACGUCAUUCGUGAUUUCUCUUUGGCAACCAAUGAAAGAGGUGCAUUCUAUGAAGCGGUAUCCAAUUAGAAUCAACAGAGCGGUAUUUGAAUGACUGUGGAAUUGUUCGUUGAGACUUGUUUACUUGGGCCUUGUGUCUGUGGAGAUAGCGAGCAAACAACAGAACUAAAAGCUGAGUUUUGCCCAUUAUAGCUAGCUAUCUAACUGCCUUGUUUUUAACAAAGCGUAAAGAUGUCGUCAUUGGAAGUUCGUGCUGCGGUGAGUUUUUACAAUAUGGACAAGCUAAUGUGUUUUUGUGUGCAUGUUACUCACAGCUAACGUUAACGUUACUUGCGCUUGUUAAAGUAAUACGGCUUCGUAGUUAUCUGCUUUCAGCUUGCUAUUUUUAGUUUAGCUAGCCAAUAUUUAUCUAGUAGGUAAGCAAAUAAAAUGCCAACAUUGAGUUAUUUAACCUGCCUGAACAUCUAGCUAGGUAGGUUACCUAGUGUAAUGUGGCAUGGUUAAAUCGAACGUUUUUGUCAAUAACUGACGACUUUAGUAGUCGGCAGUUUCUUUGUUAGCUAGCAAGCGAUGCAUAACUUGUAUUAUAUUUUUUGUUCACAUGGUUGGUUUGACGGGUCAUUUUUGUCUUAAACAGUUAUGGAACGCAGACAACCCAGCACUAAUGGGAAAAGCAAACGUAGCUGGAGCAAGAAGGGCUGUGCUUGGAGAGCUGUCCAACUUUCCCAAUGCCAGCAAAGCGGUGCCGUCCAAGAAGACUGUUGCUGCUGCUAAGGCUUCAACCAAACAAUCUAUGAACCAGAAAGACCAGCCAGCAGCUGUUCGGACUAAACGUUCCCCAGUUCCUCAGCCUGAAGAGUCUGCUAACGUGUCCAUGAAAGAAGAGGAAUUGUGUCAGGCGUUCUCAGUAGCUCUACUUGCUGUAGAAGACAUUGAUGAAGGGGAUUCAGACAUGCCACAACUGUGCUCUGAAUAUAUAAAGGAUAUCUAUGGAUAUUUGCAGUGCCUUGAGACCCAGCAGUCUGUCCGGCCCAAGUACAUGGAUGGCUAUGAGAUCAAUGGACGAAUGCGCGCUCUCCUGAUUGACUGGCUGAUUCAGGUGCAUUCCAGGUUCCAGCUACUGCAGGAGACUCUAUAUUUGACUGUGGCCAUCCUGGAUCGCUUUCUUCAGGUAAGCCUUGUUAAAAAAAAUGGUAUAUUCCUGUUUACUUUUUCUAACCCCUCUCUUAUCAAGGUGCAAACUAUCGGCCGCAAGAAGCUCCAGCUGGUUGGCGUGACUGCCAUGUUGUUGGCAUCCAAGUAUGAAGAGAUGUAUUCCCCGGAAAUUGGUGAUUUCGUUUACAUCACAGACAAUGCAUUCACCAAGGCCCAUAUUCGUGAGAUGGAACAGAUGAUUCUGCACAGUCUGAACUUUGAGCUUGGACGGCCUCUACCCCUACACUUCCUCAGGAGAGCCUCCAAGGCUGGCAAUGCUGAUGUUGAGAAGCACACACUAGCCAAAUACCUCAUGGAACUGACCCUCCUUGACUAUGACAUGGUGCACUACCAUCCUUCUGAGAUUGCUGCUGCAGCCUUGUGCCUCUCCCAGCUGCUGCUUGAUGAGCUCAACUGGACUCUAACGCAGGAGCAUUACUCUACCUAUAAUGAGAACCACCUCAAGCCAAUCAUGCAGCACAUCGCCAAAAAUGUUGUCUCUGUCACUGAAGGGCGAACAAAGCUUCAGGCUGUCAAGAACAAGUAUGCAAGCAGCAGGCUAAUGAGGAUCAGCCUCAUCCCUCAGCUGAAGUCUGCUGUUGUAAAUGACAUGGCUGCUGCUCUGCUCCCAGAACAUAAACCCUGAUGUGUGAUUAGACUGAUUCUUAAUCUGCUGCACUUUAUUUUUUAACUUGUUUUUUGUCUUUAAGAAUCUAUUGUGAGAUGUCCUUUUUAGACUGCUGCUUUUAAGUACAUGUAAAUAUUUAAAUUUGUACAAAUAAACGUUUUGAACCAUCUUAAACAUCA